AUGUCUUCAACUACAACCCGAGGAUGGUUCUUUUAUGGCGCUUUUGGCACCUUGUGUCUGGUCACAUUCAUCAUUGCUCUUGACUCGACCAUCAUCUGCGUUGCGUUGCCGACCAUAGUAGAAGACAUCGGGGCUUCAGCAAUUGAAGCCUUCUGGCGCGGUACCAGUUUCCUCCUCGCCUCGACCGUCGUCCAACCCCCUAUUGCAUCUCUAUCCCAUAUCUUUGGUCGAAGACCCGCUCUCCUCGCCUCGGUGACCAUCUUCGCGGGUGGCAGCAUAAUGGCCGCUCUUGCAAAGAACGUCUCUGUGUUGCUUGGAGGUCGAACACUUCAAGGCCUAGACUCUGGUGGCAUACUCGCCCUGACAUAUGUCAUCGCCACGGAUCUGGUGAGUCUUAGAGAGCGAGGGAAAUGGUUCGGCCUCAUCUCUCUCAACUGGGCUAUCGGUAGUAUCCUUGGUCCCUUGAUCGGCGGUGCUCUUGUAGAAGUGUCUUGGCCUUGGCUAUUUUGGAUCAACUUGCCGUUCUGUGGUGUCGCUUAUAUCAUGAUCCCUAUCACUAUGCGCAUCAAACGAAAGGAGGAUGCAUCAGUCAACACCAAGAUCAAGGAGUUUGACUGGAUUGGAACAAUCAUCUUUGUUGCGUCUUUGAAGAGCUUCUUGAUCCCUCUCAGCUGGGGUGGUAUCAUGUAUGACUGGAGUAAUCCUAGAACCGUUGUUCCUCUUGUCUUCGGUAUUCUAAGUCUCAUUGCCUUCGGUGUCCAUAUCAAGUUCUGCCGAAGAUACUCUCGAUGUGAUCCUCUUUUACGGCCCAGCCUCUUCACCUCCCUCACGGCCCUCUCUGCCUACUUUGCCACCAUUAUCCAUGGUAUCAUCGUGUGGUGUCUUGUUUACUAUGUCCCCCUAUACCACGAAAUCCGAGGCUCGUCACCCAUCACUGCAGGUGUCGCUGUCUUGCCCUUCACUGGUACGGUAGCUCCGGCUGCUGUCGUGGUCGGGCUCCUGAUUACCAAGACCGGUACCUACAGGCCCUUUAUCUGGGCCGGGUGGACUCUGGUACCCCUUGGAAUGGGUCUGAUGAUGCUUCUUGAGAAAGACACAGAAACAUACAAAUGGGUGAUCAUUUACCUUACAGGGGGACUCGGCCUGGGCAUUCUAUAUUCAGCCCAGGCCUUUGCUGCCCAGGCUUCUGCUUCUAAUUCCGAUCUUCCAUUUGCUGCCAGCAUGUACGCUUUCUGUCGCUCUCUCGGUCAGGGGAUCGGCGUUGCUGUUGGUGGAGUCACUUUCCAGAAUGAGUUUCGCAAGCAGAUUCAGAAAAGUACCGAAUUUGCCCUCAAAGCAGAUGAAUGGGCUAAAGAUGCAUCCGCACUGGUUCAGAUCGUCAAGAAAUCUCCUGCUAGCAUGCAGCUCAUGAGAGACACUAUUAUCAAUGGCUAUAUAAAGGGCUUGAGAACAGUUUGGAUGGUAUUGACACUCGUGGCUUGCGUUGCACUUGUAGUGUCGCUUGCAGGUGUCAAAGCUAAGAGUUUGGAUCGCAAGUUUGAGACUGAGCAUGAAUUGGAUCAAGGCGCAGGAGAGAGGAGCGACAAGGCAACACCAGAUAUAGAUGUCUGA